AUGGCCGCGAACACUGAACAACUUGACAGGCGGGCCAAGGCGAUUGAAAGGGAGCUUUAUAAGCGCGCCGAUGGCGGUUCUUCGUGCGCCGAGUUAGCUGCGGUACUGCAAGAGUACCGCGCCGCCUGCGAGGCCCUCAUCUUCUCCAACUUCGAGUACGCAUCCGCCCGCGAACUCCAGACGACGCUGUGGAAUGCGCAUCUGAAGGUCAACACCAAAUUCAGGCAGGAACAUAAACUCCUCAAGCGCUCCAAGGACCAUGUUGUCGAGAUCCGAAAGUUCCAGAAGACGUAUCUCCAGUUCAUCAAAGCCAGCCAGCGCUUCUACCGCCAGUACAUACUGAACCUUGACACUCAAUUCGAUGGCAUUCCAGAACUGCGCAGAAUCGCCCAGAAAUGGAAGGAUGAUACCUCCAAGUCAUCAUCGCGUCAGCGCAUACCCGCGAAACUCAAGACACCGGUCCUCAUCUCUUGCCACCAAACGCUCAUCCAACUCGGCGAUCUCUCCCGCUACCGCGAAACCGAACUCGUUGAGAAGAACAAGGAGCGCAACUGGGGCCCGGCCAAAGGCUACUACGAUCUCGCCGCAGAGAUAUAUCCAGAUUCUGGGCAUGCGCCAAACCAACUCGCAGUAAUCGCGCGCGAGGACGGCGACCACUUCCGCUGUGUAUAUCACCUCUAUCGCUCGCUAGCAAGCAAGGAACCGUACCCGUCGGCGAAGGCAAAUCUGGCAACUGAGUUUAAGCGAGUCAUUACCGCAUGGGAUAAUGGGCAGCUCAUCAACAAUCACAAAUCAGCCGACGGUAAUACCGGACGGGCUUUAAUUGCUUGGUUCAUCAGACUGCAUAGCAAGCUCUACAAGGGCGAGGAGUUCGCUGCUCACGAUGAGCUAGAGGGCGAAGUGCUCAGCCAUUUGGCUAUCGAGCUUAAAGAGCGCCCAUUGGACUCCAUUCUGACCAAGAUCAUCCUCAUAAACAUGUCCGCGGAAUAUUUUGCGACGGUGCAGUUGCAGAGCGAGAAUCCACCCCCGAACAUCAUGCGCACAUAUUUCUAUUACCUUCGUCUGAAUGUCAAGACAUUCUUUAUCCUUUUGCAGGUUCUACAACCUGAACUGGAUCGCCUGUCUGAAGGCAAUGACGUGAAGCAUCAGAACGGCGAUCGCGCCGCCCACUUGUCCGACAAGAUCACAGCUGUAGCGCGCCGCAUCCUCCCAGGUCUUCGCCUAUAUAGCACCUGGUUUACGCGCUACUGGAAGGUACUCAACGCCAAUAUCGCGGAUACGUUGAAUACAGUAGAUGUCCAGGAGCUCUGGAAAGCCUAUGCUGCGACACUUUCGCUUUUGGCCUCGAGCUUCCCUGUCGAUCAGCUUCCACAAGAGAACUACAUGCUUGAGGAGGACACGGACACGAUUGGCUUCGAGCCGCUGAUCCACCCAGACACUAUGAAGCUCUGGUAUGACGGGGAUAUCAUGAAGCAGAAAUGGACUGAGUUAGAGCGCAACCACCCGAACGUCGAGAUGCUCAUGCGAGUCAAGGAUCUGCUCAUCGACGGUUUGCUCCUCACGCAGAAUGAUGAUGCUCCGCUGGACUUGGACUUGGCAGGCUCACGAUUCAUCUACCGAGAAGCAGGUCUACCAUCGGAGCUUUUGGCGAGUCCCACGAACCGACCUGACGGAUCUCCCGUUCUGCCGGUUCAGACAACCGAUCUGCCUUUAUUUGAGCAUACGCGUGUGCCUAUUCCAGAUGAUCAGAAGUCACACUCUGUUGCGGCAGCUUCGGAGUCUGCAUCCACUACGCUUGCUAAGGAUAACGCGAUGCGCAACAUGGUGGACGAUCUGGUAGGUGACGAGACUGGACUGGACCCUUUAGUUGAAGAAGACGAAAACAUUCCGCCUACACCACCAGAACAGACAUUCGACGACACGGCCGUUGUCAACGAUAACACAUUCGUGCCUGCGGCAUUGUCGAUCAAUGACUUGGUCAACUCAGUUAGGAACUACAAGCCCUUGUCUCCCGCUCCCAUACCCACGAUGCUCUCCACGCCCAUGGGAAGGUCCGGUUCUACUUCAUCUAUCCGCCAGCCACCGAACUUGCCCUCUGUUCCUGAUGGUCAGUGGAACUCGAAUUCUAUUUGGAAUCGUACGCCCGGUCCAGCAUCUCCCUCCAUGCUGAACACCAACGGUCUGGGUAAUGAUCUCCGAAGAUCUCCCAUGAAUAGCAUGAAACCCAGGUUGUCUGGCCAUGUACGAGGUGACUCGGCAAAUUCGCUUCUGAGCGUCGAGACUGGCACUCCUAUCGCUACUCGAGCUCCUAGCGGCAUUGGUAGUGGUGCUGCUUGGGGAACUCAGGUCGGCAGCCUCUCAAACUGGGGGUCGGCAUACGGCAGUGAUUUCAACAACCACCACCAAUACGCAUACGCAAAUAGUGCAAGUAUGGCGAGUCCGCUCCUCCGUAGCAGGCUGCUCAAUGCUGUCUUCUCAUCAGUGGUUAUUGUCAUCAGACAUGCCGUUCGCCAGACUACCCGUUCUGUGUACUACGAGACUGUCAUGCCCGAGCUGAGGAGCUCGUUGGAAGGCUUCCGAGAAUGUUCUCCGACUGAAUGA